AUGGAGUAUGCACUCAUCAAUAUUGAAAUAGCAUUUGGGAUUGUGCGAUUCUGGCACGCACUAGGAACAACUUUUAUGAGGUUCUCAACCUAUUUGGCGCUUGGGCCUACCCAGAAAGCAAAAGAAGAAGAAGAAGAAGAAGAAGAGGUUGCAGGGCUUGGCUAUAGUAGAUUCUUCCUGGUGAAGCUUAUUGCUUUGGCAAGCAUGAUUGAGGAAGCCCGAGUCGUCAAAAAAAAUUGUCACUUGGCAUAAAUGCUUUAUUUGGAAUGUUUUAGGUGCAAAGAGCAGUUUUUGAAUUUUCCUUUUUUUCUCGACUUUUUGCUUUCUUGUAAUUUGUUUUGCAGUUUGGAUUUUAAGAUAUUUAUGCACUAGAUUGUUUGCUUUGGGUGACAGGUGACACCUUUGUCCCUAAGGCUUGGUGUGCUUUUCAAGCAAAUUCAAAAUCGAUUCUUCUAAUCAAAUCCCACAG